AUGAUGAACUCGACCGGCUUUGGUUACGCAGCCGGUUCAGCUGGCUCAGUUUCUCGACCGGAGCCGUCCUUUGGUGUUUCCCACAAUCCCAGCAGUUCAAUCCACUCCCAAUCUGGAAUGCGCUACCAACAGUCGUUGAUGAGCCAGCAAACCUACAACCAGCACGCCUUCAGUCUCAACAACGCUCAGGGUCUAGACAACCAAUCCCUUUUGUCCUCGGUUGGCAGGACCCCACUCAAUCCUGCUUCUCAAGCCUGGAACCAGAAUAUCACGAACCAUGCCAGCAGCAGCAGCCUUGGCGGCAACUCGGCGAACAUUCUUGCCCUAUAUCCCACCACGAGUCGUAUGGAUCAGGGCAACAGCUACAACGAUUUCUUGAGUCCCUUGGGUUCGAGAGAGUCUAUUCCCCGACCACUCGAGAAUGAGAGUGAACGUCGUAUGCCAAGCCAGCAUCAAUAUCCGCCCUACCACCCCAGGCCAAAUACCACUGCUCUUCAGACCGCAUACCUCAAUCCUGCGCUCAGUAUGCCCUCUUCGAACGCACCAAUGCAGUUUUUUUACCAGCAAAGCAACUUUGUGAAUUCAGGAGUGAACGCACACGGGAACCAUAAUCAAUCCGCGUCGACCCUUGACCCAUGGUGCAGAGACUUCAUUGCCAGCUUGAAAUCUGACAAAAAACAACACCUCACUCUCGAUAUGGUCUUUGGCCACGUUGUUUUAGCAUGUGGCACUCAAGACAUUUCAAGAUUCAUCCAAAAUAAGUUGCAACAAGCAAAGAGCGAAGACAAGCAGGCAAUGUUCAACGAGAUUGGCUCGGACAUGAUCAAUUUGAUGAAGGAUCUCUAUGGCAACUACGUCUGCCAAAAGCUGAUUGAAAAUGGUAGCAUGGCCCAGAAGAUGCACGUUAUCCAGGCGGUGAAAGGUCAUAUCGUUCAACUAUCCCUCAACGUAUAUGGAUGCCGGGUGUUUCAAAAGAUUGUGGACUGCUGUCCGCCCAGCCACAUUGUUGGAAUUCUUGACGAAAUUCACAGUUACGAUGUCAUCAAAUCGCUAUCGCAAGACGAGUGCGGAAACCACGUGAUUCAAAAACUCGUCCAAACCAUGCCCCCAAAGGAUGUCAAAUUUAUCACUGUAGCCUGCCAGGAACACGCGAGAGAACUCUCGGCGAAUUCAUUCAGUUGCCGCAUCUUACAGCGGGUGCUCGAAUACGCCGAGGAGGAUGACAGGAAGAAGCUCGUGGAAAGCCUCAUCCUUAUGAUGGACAAACUUGUCACGGACCAGUGGGGCAACUAUGUUGCUGGGCAUAUCAUUGAGCAUAGAGGCCCUGAGGAUCGGGACCGCUUCUUUGAACAUGUCAUGAGCAGGCUAUUUGAGCUCUGCCACCACAAACUUGGAUCCCAUGUGGUUGAGAAAUGCAUCAAGUUCGGCACCCCUGAACAGCGCACUCAAAUCCGCAAACAACUCUCCCCAGAUGACGAUACCGAGGAUAGGUUGGAGAACACGUUGAAAGAUCAAUUCGGCAACUACGUGGUUGCGAGUUUGCUCAAGCACCUUGAAUGGGGAAGCCAGGAGCGAAUCCAACUCAAGCGUGCAAUCUUAACUUGCGUGGACUCCAUCAAGGCAACAUCUCCCAACAGGACAUUCCCGGCGCUGGACAAGGUUCUUGUGGAAGACAAGAGGCGGGAGGCGAUUGAGAGCAGGCUUCAAGUCGAAGUUGACUCAGCAGCGCCAACUCCAGCGCUGACGAAUGAAACCAACAGUCCUCAGAGCGACAGUCUUCCAAGCGCUGGCACGAGCGCCAUCGAAGUUCAUCCCACCGACGGCAAGAACACGGAGGCAAACCCACGGGUUCGAGACGAUGAUGCAUGGGCGCUUGCUAACGGACAACGAUAA